AGGCGCGCCAGGCUGCGGCCGCACACUGGCGCGUUGGCCGGCGCUUGUUGGUGUUGCCGGCUCCGCUGCGAGAUAGAUUGCCCCAGGGCGGAGCAACCAGGCGGAUUGCCCUCGUGCCUGACGUGUGCCUGGCACCGUUUGCAGCUUCUUCCCGUUUUCUUGUACUACCGGCGAAGACUGCGAGCGCGAGGGGCGUGGAAGUUAGAGCACAUGUGGCACUAA